AUGUCUAAAAUUUUGAAAUAGUCGAAGAACAAUUUAUCAGAAUUAAUAAAUAAGUAUAUAGACCCAGAUGUAGAAUCAUAAUUGUUAGAGAGUUAAAUGAUAGAAAGUGGUAUUGACUCACAUUUAAAAAAUUGGGAAUUAGAAAUAAACAAUUUGGAAAAAGAUUUGCCAAAAUAAAUGCUUAGCGACAUGAGGAAAAUUUUGUAAGAUAAUUAAAAAAAUAAUAAGAGAUCAAAAUCAGUAUAAAGCUCAUUUAAAUAUGGGAUGGAUAAUUAGUCGAUGAAACAAAGUAAAGAGAGCAAAUAGAAUACUUUAUCUCACUCUAUAAAUAAAAAAUAAUCAACAACUUUAAAUGAAUAAAAAUCAUUUAAAGAAGUAGGAAUACCAUAUAAAUAAUAAGAAACUUAUGAUAAAUAGAUUAAGGAGUAAUCAUUAAAAAAAAACAUGCAAAGAGCACAAUCAGCCUAAGAAGUCAGAGGCUCAAAUUCAAAUUAUUGCUAUAAAAUAUUUCCUGAAUGGAAUAUUUAUACUAAUGUAUCUAAGUAAUUUUAAUCUAAAAUGAGUCAUAGAGAGCUAAAAUAUGAUGUAAAUUAAAGAUUGAUUAAUGAUGAAAAUGACUUAAAUAAUAGCUAAUAAAAGUAAAGCUUAAGAAAUAGUAUUUAAAGAAGUUAAUCUGCAGCUUAAUUAAAGGAGUCAUACAUAAAUAAUAUGGUGUAAUUAAAUGAUAUUACAAUUGACCAAUCUCAUUUAAUCUAAACUAAACCCUCAUUAAACAUAAGAAAUAACUAAAAUUUGAUAGAAUAAAAAUCUUUAAGUUAAUAAAGUCAAAUGCUUGAGUAUAUACAAAAUUCUGAUAAUUUUUAAAAACCUUAAUAUGUAAAAUCUGUAAAUGAAAUUUUGUAAAUACCUGCUAAUCAGAUUCAAUAAGGUGAAAAUAUUAAAUCUCGUUAUAACAUAUUAAAUUGUUUAGAAAAAAGGUAAUAAGGAACGUAAAACUAUUUCUUAAAUUAUAAUAAAAACCAUAUGGGCUAAUUAAAUAGAAGUAGUAUUAACAAAACAAAUAUUUCUUAGUAAUAUCCAUAAAAAUAUUAAAUAAUUAUGCAGAGCCUUUAAAAACCUCAUGCAAUCUAAAUGCAUAAAAGUUAAUUUAAUCAAUCAAAUUAGGAAAUAAAUUCCUCUUCACCAUCCUAAAUGAUUUCUUCAUAUAAAAACAUCCAUUAUACACAAAGAGAUAGUAGUUAGAGGAGUCGAAAGAAAAUUUUUGAUGAAUAUUCAGCUACUAGCUAUAUAUAAAAUGUAAAAGAUUCAUAUAAUAGAAUUUUUCCUAGGAAAAAUUGA